AACAUACUCUAUCGAUUUGAUUCUACUUACUUACGUUAGAUGUCAGAAUUAUCACUUGCAAAAGAAUCGUAAAAAGCAGUUAUACUUCUGUACUUUUAUGAGCAAUUAUAGUGAUUAAAAAUGUCGAAAAUUGUAGGAGAAGUAUCAACAUUAAUCAAACUUGGAGUAACAAAAUCUGGACCUGCUUUAAGAAAAUUUACAUAUUAUGCAAAGGUUGAAUUAGUUCCACCAAAAAUAUCUGAUAUUCCUGCUAUAAGAAAUGGUUUUCAAAAUCUGAUUACUUCUGUCAAAGAGAAACGAUUUCUUCACCUUACUGUACGCGAAGCUUGGUUAAAUACAUUAGUUGGAAUUGAAGUCUUAUGUUGGUUUUUUGUUGGAGAAUGUAUUGGAAAACGACAUCUUGCAGGAUAUAAAGUAUAAAAAUAUGUUUCUAUUUAUAUGAAUAUAAUCUGUAUAAUAGUCAAAUAAAUAUAUAAAUAUAAAAUUUUUUCUCUCAAUAAAAAAAA